AUGCGGCGGCCCUGCUGAGUCCGCCCGCUCCUGGCGCCGGGAGCCAGCCGCGCGAGGCGGCCCGGGCCGGGCGGCAGCAUGCGGAGCGGAGAGGAGCUGGACGGCUUCGAGGGCGAGGCCUCGAGCACCUCCAUGAUCUCGGGCGCCAGCAGCCCGUACCAGCCCACCACCGAGCCGGUGAGCCAGCGCCGCGGGCUGGCCGGCCUGCGCUGCGACCCCGACUACCUGCGCGGCGCGCUCGGCCGCCUCAAGGUCGCCCAAGUGAUCUUGGCCCUGAUUGCAUUCAUCUGCAUAGAGACCAUCAUGGCGUGCUCCCCGUGUGAAGGCCUCUACUUUUUUGAGUUUGUGAGCUGCAGUGCGUUUGUGGUGACUGGCGUCUUGCUGAUUAUGUUCAGUCUCAACCUGCACAUGAGGAUCCCCCAGAUCAACUGGAAUCUGACAGAUUUGGUCAACACUGGACUCAGCACUUUCCUUUUCUUUAUUGCUUCAAUCGUACUGGCUGCUUUAAACCAUAGAGCCGGAGCAGAAAUUGCUGCCGUGAUAUUUGGCUUCUUGGCGACUGCGGUAUAUGCAGUGAACACAUUCCUGGCAGUGCAGAAAUGGAGAGUCAGCGUCCGCCAGCAAAGCACCAAUGACUACAUCCGAGCCCGCACGGAGUCCAGGGAUGUGGACAGUCGCCCGGAGAUCCAGCGCCUGGACACUUUUUCCUACUCCACAAACGUUACAGUAAGGAAAAAAUCACCCACAAACCCGCUGAGUUUGAAUCACUGGCAACUUGCCUAGAAAAGUUCAGAUGAUGGGUCCUUGAAUGGUGUUAUCUAUUUCAUAGGGUAAGUUUGUUGUCUAUGUUUGUUUUUUUAUGCUGAGGCUUUAAUUCGGGUGACUUGCCAUCUAGACACCUGGGGUGGCGUGUUUUCUUUGGGAUACAUAAUACACAAAGGCCAGGGAGCCUUUGGCUUGGACCCCAGGGAGCUAUUGGAACUUUUAAAGUUUGAGUUUAGGAAUAAGAACAUAUCUCAGACCACCUUAGUCAGCUUUGCUGAUGGGAUUUAGGGCCAGGUCAGAGUUUCUUUUCAUAACUGCCUGAAAAGAGAGAUGGUGUGAAACAAGAUUCUGAUAAUGGUUUGUGUGAGAUUUGAUCAUAGUCUAAAACUAUCAUGUCUGAGUUGCCUUAGGAUGACAGUGCUGACACCCAGUAGGAAGUAUCCCAUUUUUAUCAGGAAAGUCAGUCGUGUAGGGAUGGUGAGGAGACAAGGGGAGAGGAGGGAGACCUGGUGCCCUUGCACCAGGGUGAGGCCUGACUCACGCUGCUUCCCCCCACAGGCCCUGCUUUGCUUGCCUGCUUUUUCCAGAAUCGAUUUUGCAAGUUUCAAGACUCUGUUCGCCUCUUUGCAGAAGUGAGGAAGGCAAAUACUCAGGGUUUGAAGGGAGACUUGGCCGGCUCGAGGGCUGGCAGAUGUGAGGGCAGGACACCUGGGAUGGACUCGUAGGCUGGCCCAGGCCCAAAGGGGGCUGCCUGUUCCCAACUCUUUCAUUCUGUAACCCAUUUUAAAAUGAGUUUUUGAAUCUUGCCUCAAAUUGACCUACUUGGAUAAAAUCAGUGCUGUUCCUAACUUGAUUUUGUUUGACGUGGUUCCCUCUAAGAGAAUGGUAGGAAUUGAAACUAUUUGUAUAUGUUGAAAUUUGUAGGGGUUCAGGAACCCAUGGCAGAAACACUAAACUAUUUAUUUACAAGUAUGACUAUUUUUUUUUUCAAAGUAGGCAAUUCUUUGUAUAUUUUAAGGCAAAUAAUCACUUCACCUCUGGUGCCUUCCAUGCGUCACAUAAGCACUCUUGUCAAUCAUGGAAUUGGAAAAAAAGAUGUACAUUUAGUUAAACAAGAUAACACUAUUUUUGUAGCAUGAUUUUAGAUUGUGUCCUUUUAAUAUUGUUUUCAACAAUGGUAGUUUUGAGGUUUUGGCCAUUUUCUCUUUACACUUCAUAUGUAUUUUAAAGAAGAAAAAAAACAACAACAAAAUUCCCUGGCUAUUCCUCUUUCCUCUCUGCUGCUGCUUCUCCCACAUCUUGUUCCUGCUUAUUUAAAUAGUCUGAGAGUAAGAGUAUAUUUCUGUGAAAUAAUUAUAAGUCAGUAUAAUUGCAUUUGGCAUUUUUUAACCACUUGGUCAGUUUGGAGCCACUGCUCACCUCAAACAGUACAAAGAAAGUGGUUCCAUAUUUUACAAACAAAAGAGUAGCAUCAGAGCCCUGACCUCCUGUCUUUGGGUGUAAAAUGGUGAGAGGCCGGUGUCCAGUUCCUUCCCCUUUGGUUUGGGCUGGUGAACUGAGCCCAAGCGUAUUCUCUGGCCCCGGCCCCUUCCAGAAUCAGUGCGGGUGUCCUGCAGAGGCGCGGCCUUGCUGCCGCUGCAGAGUGGGAAGCUUCCCGGGGGACCUCACCCGGCUCUGGGGCUCUCACCUUCCACUCGGAUCUCAGAUUGGUUCGUUGUGGAUGCUCUGGCUAGGCUCGGCGGCCUUUCCCAGGCUUCAGGCCUGAACAAAACAGGCUGUUUGCUGUGAGGAGCUAGAUGACACCAAGACACAGACACAUACUCUUUACCGGCUCCUUUUGCCUCUCCUUCCUGCAGGACGUGAGUUAUGUCUGGUUCCAAAACCCUUGAGUAAACUAGCUGAGCCAUUGCAAAUGAAGGUACGGAUGGAUUGAAACAUAAAAUUGUAGCUUUUGGUGUCCUUCUGAAGGGUCAGAAUAUGUAAUUAUUUGAUAACCAAGGAAGUCAAGUCAGAUGGCUAAGUAGUAACUUUCCAAUAUGAUUUCUCCGUGGUACUUCACCUGGUGGCACUUUUGGGGGGGGCAAUGUUAACAACGAUCACAUUUUACUUGUCAAGUCUCUUUCAUUUCGGCAGUUUAAAGACACAACUGUGGGCUUUCUGAGGCGAUGCCCAUUGGGCAAACUUAGGUUUAUAUGUUUGGUUUUUCAGCUGACGUGGAAGCCCUGGGUGGGCGCCCCCUGGCUGGUCUGGCUUUCGGGUUCAAGUCUGUAUGUCUGGAGUGGGUCGGGGCCCCAAAGCUUUGCUGCUAUUGAUUUGUCCCCGACAGCAGGCAAAGACUCACAUUGCCCUCAAUUUUCCGCCUUUCAUUUGAAGGACCAAUUUUUCAUGGUACUUGUCUUGAUCUUUUUCAUAGUGUUCAAAUCUGUAUUUUUGUAUGUAGAGGGAAAUAAUUUUCUCAACACUAAUCGUUAAUAACUAUUGUAUUAAAUUGUCAUGAAGGAACUCUUGUUUAAUAAAUGGACGUGUAAGGA